AUGGAGACGUCUGCCGUUCUGCGAAACUUUUUCCGGCCACGUCCCUGCCGCAGCCACCCGGAGGUGGAGCCCGCGCUCCCAGCGAGGCCUCCGGCAAGGGCGCACUCAAAGCCUCGCCGCGAGCUCGUCUGGCGGAAGAAGGAAGUGCAGAGUACCACGGCGCCGCUGAAGAUCGAUUCCCUCACGGAGCCGCCCCUCCCGGAGCCAGCGCCCGAGCCCUCCACAGAAGCUUUCUAUGCCAAAGAGGCUGAAGGCGCCGAGGAGCCGGUGACCUCUGAGCUCGCCUCCGCUCAGCCGGCGUUGAGCGAAGGCGGCGGCGAUGCUCCUGGCGAGCCGGAGGCCACGAGCUCUGUGGACCCGAUGUGGGCCGACCUCCUGUUCAAAUUGGCGGCACAUCCCUGCGAAGCGGAGGUCCCGGAUUCCGUUUUCUGGUCAAGGCAUUCCAAGAACAUCUUCAGAACAGCAGUUGCGAAGCGCGAGGCGAAGGUCAUGGGUGAACGAGCUUUGCUGGUUUUCCAUGCUAUGCCGCUGCUCGGAUGCUCGAUGUCACAGCUGCAUGUUGGCAACGGGGCAGCUGCGCUUGUGACCUGCAUUGCCGUCGCCUUGAUGUGUUUUGCUAUGCGCCGGCACUGGAACGAACUAUCGAACCGGAUGGUGCUAAUUGAGGUGGCAGGAUUGUGCCUAUGCCUGACUUGCAAUGCAUUGUUGAUUUGGGACGGCUGGUGGAGUGUGUGUAUUGCAGACCAGGACGAUCGAGUGUCUCUGCUGCUCUGGGUGCCAGGGAACGCCUUGACCUCUUUCGGGUAUUUCGCUUUGGUCAAAGGUGAGCUGACGGAAAGCCAGCUGUGCGAGCGUCUCGGCAUAUGGCUCUUGCUGACAGGGUCUGUCUUGGACCAGUAUGCCGCCUGGAUGUAUGAGGAGACGCUGGAGUCAGACAGUCCAUACCAGUUGGUACAAGGUCUGCUCGACACGGAGCACGAAAGCACCUUUAGUGCUCUGCUCGAUGUUUGGGGUAUGAUUCUUCUAAGUAUUGUAUGUGCUGUGCGGAUUGAGAGAUUUCACACAGAGCAGACUGCAUACCUUAUGCUGAUCCUGAGUGCCUCCUGGGCAGUAUUCCGGGACUCACAAUCUGUCGUAGGGGUUGCAGCCGAAGCUUUCGAAAUGUUAGGCUUGUGUUGCUUUCUCUAUGUGCACUAUGCGGUAUCAGUGGUGCGAAAUCCUGGUCGAUCAUGGAUUCUGACCUUUGCUUGGACCACUGGCAGCACUGCUUUAUUGCUUCUGGUUGCCGUUGUCUUGUACGUCUUUACAUGUGGAGUGGCUGUAACACUAAUUGCGGCUUACUUCUGGAUUUGGUAUGCCGGCUAUUUUUCUUUGAUGCUGCGCAGAAACUGCAACCAAACUGUGGCGCCCGGAGGUUCAUUUCUACCAGAGACAGACACUGAAACCGAGACAGACGACGACAGCUCUGCCACUCGCUCACAGACCUUGCACUCGAUCGAUACUUUUGAAGACAGCAUGCGCCAAUGCCCGCGGGCAACCUUCGUUGCAACGUGCAUAUUCUACGGCGUCUUCGGCAUGAGCAUUGCAAAAAUCCGGGUCCCAACCCGCAUCAGCGUUGACAGAAUCAUUUUUCUGGUGGACGUCGGAAUUGGAGCAACAAUGGGAACGUUGAUGCUGGUAAGGCAGCAGCUGAGGCUUCAUGACAGGUUCUGGUGUGCUUUUGGGUUUGCCUUUAGGCCCGCUUGUGGCCUCGCAAUUCUGAUGCAUCUGGUUGCCCCUGUGGAGUACCCGUCCCCAUGGUUUUGGGCAUUGCAGCUGCUGUAUGUGCUUGUUGCAGCUGAGAUUUGUGGACAGGUCCUGAGACGUGCCAAAGCAGGCAAGUCAGGCAGCUCUACUUCCGAACCUACACCAGGGCCAACGCCUUCUGAAUCUGGAGUCUCGAUGUAA